AUAAGCUAUCGACUACCCCACAUCGCUGCAGUUGUGAGGUCUCACGAGGCGUGGGGUCUUUUAUUAUCGGUGACCAUGGGGCAUGACGUGAAGCGGUUGGGGUUGAGUUGUGUGUUUUUGCUCUCAGUGAUUUUUGUGGUUGUGGACGCGCAGUUGCCGCCGGAUGCAAACCAGCCAUCAGCAUUUCUUACACCGCACAAUGCCGCGCGGUCUAGAGUGGGCGUGCCGCCGCUGAAGUGGAGCAACACUCUAGCGACGUAUGCUCGCAAGUACGCAUACUCUCAGCGGGGCAAGUGCCGGCCCUUGACGCACUCGCAAGGCCAAUAUGGGGAGAAUCUGUUCUGGGGGUACGGGAAAGCUUGGACGCCGAGGGAGGCCGUCAACUUCUGGGUAGGCGAGGCCAAGGACUACAGGUAUUCGACGAACUCGUGCACUCCAGGGAAAAUGUGCGGACACUACACGCAAGUGGUGUGGCGGACGACGAGAGAAGUGGGGUGUGCUUCGGUGCUGUGCUCGGAUCAAGCUAUCUACAUCAUUUGCAGUUACAACCCGCCUGGAAAUUGGAUUGGACGUCGCCCCUAUUAGUUAGGUCUCGAUGGAUCCCCCCUGGAGCUGCUUGAUGAGCCUGAAUCUAUUGUGACGUUUCGCACACGGUUCGGAGCGAUGAUGAUUCAGACUUGAUUCUGGGACAUCAUGCUUUAUCUCUCUGCAAGCAGUGUUUUGUAGAGGAAGUCAUGAAGUGACGGGAGACUUGUUGAUUUAGUGUGCUUUGGUGGCCAACAAGCGCCGGUUGCGAUGUAGAGAAGUAGUAUUCGGAAGAGUCACUGGAAAGUGAAUCAUGUGUAUGUGGAAUCCUUUCUCUAAUCAUCAUGUCAAUGGCCUGUUGCGCCGAUUAGGGUCUAAAUACAUCGUUGCUUACCCAGUUGAUCAGUUUAGUGUCUAA